ACCGAUGACGUACGUAACCGUUCGGCGCUAAUUUUCAAAUGGACGUCUAAACAGACAGAGAACAUAAUACGAGUCAACGGCGUUAUUUUACGGAUAAAUCCUCAUUUUAACUCAGUUUCGUUUUGCAGUCACUAUGAGUGGAUUUAGUACGCCGGUGUCGCGUCCACGGCAGUGGUCCUCUCCAGCCAUAGUACACAAAGCGGCUCUGUCGGCCACCAGUACACCUCUCCUCGACAACAUCCAGGGAAACGAUGACGAACAAGAGAGACGCCAGAGACGCAGGUCUAAAGUAAUCGAUCUUCAUGGGGUGAAUGAUUCGUCCAUCAACGAGGCCGGUAGCCACAGUUCUACAACCACCCCUGCUGCAGUACCAAAGCUGUCAUCUGCACAGAUCUCAGAACAUUACUCAACCUGCAUCAAGCUCUCCACUGAAAAUAAAAUCACCACAAAGAAUGCAUUUGGUCUGCACCUCAUCGAUUACAUGGCAGACAUUCUCAAGCAGAAAGACUCCGAGCUCAACUUCAAGGUGGCAGCUGGCACCCUGGAUGCUAGCACGAAAAUUUAUGCUGUGAGAGUGGAUGCAGUACAUGCUGAUGCUUACAGAGUUCUGGGAGGGUUGGGCUCGGAAACCAAACCUAAAGAGAGUCAAGAUGGUGAUGAGGAGGCUGAGUUAGAGGAGGCUGGACAGGGAGAACAUGUGGCUGCUAAGCAGACGACUAAGAAACGACCUCAGAAAAAGACAGUGGAGCAGAACCUCAGUAACAUCAACCUUUCUGAAUCUGAGAUGAAAUGUGAGGUGGACCCCAUGUUCCAGCGUAUGGCUGCUUCCUUCGAUGAGAACAGUACAGCGGGUGUGUUCCUCUCUGUGUUAUUCAGCGAGGACAGCUGCUGUGAGCUGCGCUUUCCUUCACAUAUGACCUUGCUGAAGUCACAGCUAUCACCGGUACAGAUGCCUCAUCAACACGUUCCCAUCUCACCGUUCACAGCUCAUUUGAAGACACUGGAAGAUAGACCCAUUUGUCCAUCCUUACAGGAUUUCUCUUUCACUAGAUGGACACCUGAGCAAACAACAAACCUCAAUCAGCUUCUUGAUAAGAUGAAGCAGGGGGAGCAUGCAUUCGAUGUCAAUGCUGAUAUUGAGCCGGAAGAGGAUGAGGGUCCAGAUUUUGGGGAUCACUUUGAUGCAGAUGUGGAUGAGGGGAGACCGGGAGACUCUGAGGAGUGUAAAGAACACAGAGAAGCUUGUUCAAGGAGCCCUGAAAAAGGACGAGGUGUUGUUCCAAUCAGGGAGGUAGAUAUUGCUACCAUGUGUCUGCAGUUGUCUGAUCAACCGAGGGAAUACUCGUACUUCAGUCCCAGGACAAUGGCCACCUGGGUUGGACCCGGCUACUGGCUUUUCAAACCUGGGCAUAAACAGGAUCACAAACCAGACAAAGAACCUCGGAAGCGAGCUCCAAAAAAUCCACUGGUUAUUGACUUUAAAGAAGAUAUCCACUUUCAUAAUUACUUUAAGACAACUAGAUCAGCAACUACUAUUAGUAAGUCUGCUCUAAACAGCAGCAAUAAGAAAACCACACUUCCAGCAGACUUCCAGUAUCCUCCCAGUAACCUCUCACAACUUAGCCUCAAACCCUCUAACACACUUAGUGCAGAGGGUAAAAAGAGAUUAUCGGGUGAGCUGAGUGAGGAAAUAGGAGAGUAUGAUUACAAUAACGCCAACGACACAGCCAACUUCUGCCCUGGUCUUCAGGAAGGAGACAGCGAGGAUGCUGAAGGAUUUGGAGGAUCUGAUGACUCUCAGACAGACAGACCAAACCCUUUCUCUCUAGACACAGAACACAUAUCUACAUAUGGAGAUGACUGUCUUGUUCCUGAGCCUCAUAAGAUUAACAUUAUUGAGAUAAACUACGCUAAAAUGGCCAAGAAAAUGGACAUGAAGAAGCUGAAGACCUCCAUGUGGAGUCUUUUAAUAGAAAGUCCGGAAAAAAACAAGGAGGUACAAAAUGAGGAGACAACAGAAGUACCUGGUGAAAAAUCAUUUAGCCAGUCUAUCAGGAAUCUUGUACAAAGACUCCCUUCCACCAUGGCCACCAAUCUCUCAGUACCCCUCGCCUUUGUGGCCCUUCUGCACCUGGCUAAUGAGAAGAACUUGGAGCUGCACAAGAUUGAUGGCAUGACUGAUAUCAUCAUUAAACAAGGCCAUUAAAAUAUUUUUUUAAAACACAAAAUAUCUUAUUUGUAUCAUAUAUCCCGGAUGGUUUUUUAUAUGUAAACCCCAUGUCAGUCAGAAACAACUGUCUAGAAAUUAAUGUUUUUUAGAAUCAUGUUAAAAUGUACAUAAAACAACCAUGGAAAUGUUCUGUGUAACUUAAAAAUGUGAUUAAAGUGUGUGCCAGAAAAUGCCUGGCAAUGUAAAAUGUACGCAUAACUUGAUUUUCAGGAUUGCCCUGUUUUGAUGACUUGUUUUAGACACAAUUGUUUCUCCGCCCUCAUUAAAAGUAAAAAUGGAA